AAAUGUCUCCAUCUGCAACUAUACAAUUGGUGAACGAUUCUUCCAAGAAAGCCACGUUGUCAUGGCAACAGCAAAACGGGGAUAGGGCUGAAAUUCUGGAGUAUGUUAUACAGAUCUUCCACACCUCAACAUACGGGAAAUCUAAACUGGAGUCAAUACACCUUGACAUCAAGAGACAGCGUAGAAUGUACACCUUUAAUUUGGAUAAAAUCAAAGAUGCAGUGCUUAGAGUGUGUAUAAGGAAUACACUGUGCAUUUAUGAAAAAUCUUGCUCAAAGAAGGUCGGACUUCACCCAGGUAAAUAAUGAAGCAAUUGGUUAGUAGUGACGCCUUCAUCAUUUGAUAAUAGUGUUCAUCUAAAGUAAACUGGGAUUCGUUAUUCCUUUAACUAAAACACGGCUUGUUUCAAGUUGCCCCUCCUUUCCUCGUGCAUACAUAAAGUCAAUUUAGGUCUGUUUUCAUUCAGGUUUAACGGGAUUCGGUUCCUAAAUAGAAUAUUUAUGAAUAUGGUUUGUGAUUCAUUGAUUGUGACAAUAAAGGAAAGUAAACUAUAGAAACAGUGGUGCAAGUCCUAAGGCCUGGAGUCGGCAACAGCUGCAUGGGAACAACUUGGUAAAGAAUAGAGGAAUUGUCUAGAGUUAUAUAGAGAACUACAAUCAAAUAUAGUUAUGUAGAGAACUACAAUCAGGAUAGUCAGACGUUUAAUUAAGUUAACACCCUCGAUGAAAUAAACAUAAGUACUAUUUAAAACACAAGAAGGAGUGUUUUAUCAUAUUUAAAACGCGAAGCGCAACCGAGCGUUUUAGAUAUGAUAAAACGCGAUUUCGAGUGCUUUGAAUAGCUUCAAAAACUCAUUAAUAAUGCAGGAGCAAAACACAAAGAAAAAUCAUAAGCGCGUCGUGGUUUUAUAUGUGAUAAAAAAUCACGUUAAUUUACAUAAAUUUUAGCUUUGAUUUUCUCGGUUUAGACAAAGUUUAUUUUAAAAUUACUUCGCCAAUGAACUCGUAUAAGACGAGUCGUUUUUGAAGUUAUUUAAAGCACUUGUAAUCGUGUUUUAUCACAUAUAAAACACUCCGCUACGCGUCGUAUUUUAUAUGUGAUAAAACACUCCUACGCGUGCUUUAAAUAGUACUUAAAAUACGACUACAAAAGAAUACUAAUUAGUAUGAACAAUUAUAUAAAGAAUACUAAUGAAGAUGAGUUUUAUCAGAUAAAAAGUUACUCCACGUGACUUAUUAUGGCCGACAUGAUUUGCCACAAGUUUUAUGAAUUUUUAAUUCUUUUUAUUAUAUAAAGUACAUUGCUUUAUAGAAAUUUCGAACACUGAUAAAAGUGAUAAUCUCACAUGUGAGAUUAUUCAUGAUAAUCUGACAAGUGAAAAUUAUCGCUUUUCAAUUAUCGCUUUUCCGUAAAAUUAUCGCUUUUCAAAGAAUGUUCGAAAUAAAUCUGGUAUUUCCACGCACCAAUGUAUUAUUCUCUAUAUAAUAUGCCGUUUAAAAGUGUUCGUAUUUCGUCAUAGAUCUGCAUCAUUCGUAUAUUGCAACUAGUAGAAAUGUGGGUUAAUUAGAGGCUGGUGUGGGGUAGGUAGAGGAAAUGUGCGAACUAAAUAGUCUUUUUCAUCUUCUUCGUUUUAAUCGGACUCAUAAUAAUAUGAUCUUCUUGAAAAUGGAGAGUCUCUGUUGAUUCUAUGUUCUUUCAUUCUAGUUUUUCCCUCGGAGCCCAGAAUAAUUGAAGAUUUCAAGUUUUUCGAUAACUCCAGCGACGUGAAAAUCUCGUGGUUGGAACCAGUUGUAAGAGGCAAAGGCAAGUUGUCUUAUAUUGUUGAAAUCUUGAAAGGAGGGAAAUGGAAACAGGAGAUAUUUACAUCGGACUUGCACACGACGCUUACUUCGCCAUCGUUGAGUGAUCAUAUUCGAGUAUGUGCUAGGAAUGAUGUUGAGCCUAAAAAGGUCUCAUGCUCAAAAAGUUAUGGUAAGUGUCGUAAACACAGUGCCCUGUCGUUUUCUAAAUUACCGAAUGGCAGCAACGUCCAAUAUUAACCUCACUAUCUCUCGUUUGCGAAAUUGCAGUUUCACGUUCUUGACCAGGUGCUAUUCUCAAUCAGUACGAUUACGCAAUGAACCAAUCCCAGAUUAACCAAAGUUUUGAUCUCAACAUGUCUAGACAAAAUUUUCAUUACAGCUUCAAAAAGCAUCACAAAAUUAGUAAUAUUCCAAAGUUUCGUUGCGAAAUGUUGCACUGAAAAUGCGGAUAAUAUAACCUUGCGAAACUUGCAAUUUUCAGUCAUUUUGUAUUACAAACGGGAAAUGGUUAUCCGUCAUCCUAUCCUGACCGUGUUCGACACACGUACAGUACAAUCGUAGAAUACAAUGCAACUGGAUUUUAAACCAUUGCGGUGCCGGCGCGCGAAAUAGAUUGCAUGUGUUACGUGUCUCGGAAAAAGAAACGUACUUCACAGUAUAUAGCGUAGUUUCGCAUAUAGUGUAGUUUUUGUAUGAACCUGAAACUAUAAACUCAUCCUUGCUUCUAUUUCGUUUUCUUAGAUCUUGGCAAAGCGAAGUUGGGAAUUUUUGAACUUGGUUUAAAUUUAAAUGGAUCUUCAAGCAAUAACGCAAAUUUUUUUAUUAUCUUCAUACUAAUGAAAGUGUUGGACGCUAUCGUUCAUUUCCAUUGGUGAAUACAAGCUAUAAAAUCUAGGAAGCCUACGGUCACGUCCUUGUGUACAUCUGCAUUAACUGGAGAAAUUUAAUAAGCGACAUCAUGUUUUAGAUAACACGCAAUCUACACAAACUAAUAGCUAUUGCAAUGCUUAACACCGUCCCAACAGAACAAAUAUGCCUCUCUUCUGGAUAUGUACUCAGGGGCUAGACUUCUAUUGGACAUGGACAUGUUUUCAGAAAGCGCAUGUUUUAUUUUAUCUUUCUAGUUGAUCUACAGGCAGCAAUACUAACCAUACAAUUCGGCAAAUUUAGGUGCCAAUUUAUGUCCAGUCAAUCUGUGACCAGAGGUCAAAGAAAUUGUAAAUAGAAUUUUUUUUCAGUGGUAAAAUUUGAGGGAAGGUGUCUUGAUUAACA